UGGCAACACUAUAUCGAAUACAAAUACAUAUAUACACUAUCGUUUGGCUUUAAAAUAACAAAAAAAAAAAAAUACAUCAAAAUAAAUAUAAUUGAAAAAGAGAAGAUGACAGAAGGCAACAACAGUAAUCAACUGGAGAAGACCCUCCAAGAGAACACAGAUCUGCAAAACGUGUUGAACAACUUCGAGUCCACAAUUGCAGUUCUGGAAGCCGAUUUGGAAAAGGCGCUAGCAUUCCAGAAUGGACCUAAAUUAUCCUUGGACGAUCAGAUUAAGCUGGACACCUAUAUAGCCUAUUUAAACAGCACUCUGUUUUGGAUAAACCUGAAGAUUCAUGGUGUGGAUCCCGCGAAGCAUCCUGUCCUCCACGAUUUGGGACGUUCCAGAGAAAUGCUGGCCCGUGAUAAGGAAAUAACCGCAGCACUGAAUGCCCCACGUUUGGAUGUUCAUGCAGCCAAGAGAUUUAUUAAAGCUGGCAUUGGCAAGCACACGCGGUUUAUUGAAAUGAAUGGCGUUAUAGUCACGGAAGAUCAAUAUAAUCGCAGUCUGGACGAGAGUGGGAAGGGAGAUAACUGACAAGUGUUGUGUUUGAUCAUCCUAUUAGAGUACACAAUAAAUUAGAUAAGAUUUUGCAUUAACAAGUA